AUGUCUCCCACUCUAGAUUCCAUAUCCGCAGCACCCAGUGAGUCCCGAGUCAAGGACUACAUCGCCAACACCUUGGCCACAGUCCUCAUUGAAGUCUCCUCUCCUGAUGGCCGCCCAUCAAUAAAGAUCAAAGCCCGGCCAAAAAAAGUCUCCGCUCAGUUUAUAAGUCCGGAGAGCGGUGCUCUUGAGACUCAGGCGUCCGGUGUAGAUAUCACCUACACCUGGCCGGGGAAGGACUUCUAUGAAGCUUGGAGGUUCACUGUUGCAAUGCGAGUUCUGAGUGCAAUUGCCGACGCGGUCGAUAAGGGGGUUGUGAUUUCCAAGAGGGACAUAUACUACAGUGACCCAGCGAUAUUCGGAUCUCAGCGCAUUGUUGAUGGCUUGGUUGAUGAUUUCGCGUUCACAAUAGGUGUGAACAGGUCGGCAUUGAAUGUGGGAGCAGCAGCCAAAGGUCUCGUGACUGGGUGUUUCCAUUGGAAGAUCCGAGGUCAGACGAUGGCUGACGAUGCACAUUUCUUGAACCCGGAUACUCUGAUUUCAAGAUCGCAGGACAUACAGGAGAUGGAGGUCUCGGAUAUCGACUGGGUGCUCAUUCUGGAGAAAGAGGCAGUGUACCGUCGGCUUGCGGGGAUGAGAUACCAUAUCCGAUCCGCAGCAGGACUAGGUAUUCUGGUUACAGGCAAAGGCUACCCUGACCUCAAUACACGAGCAUUCAUUCGCAGGCUCUACGACGAAAGUAAAAGCCGGCAGUCGACCAGAAGACUGCGAUUCUACGCACUAGUGGAUGGGGAUCCCGACGGAAUAGCAAUCAUGGCCACAUACAAGUACGGUUCCUUGGCCUAUGCGCACGAGAAUAGCACCUUAAACUGCCCUGAGAUUCACUGGCUAGGUCUCCGCACCUCAGACAUCGUGACUGGGGUGGACCGGAUUGGGAACGAUUCCCUUGUCACCCUGACAAAGAGAGAUAGGGGAAAAAUCCUGGCUAUGCUGUCCAAUAAUCCUGUCUGGGCUCUGAAUGGUCCCGAGCCAGAGGGACGAGCUGAGCUACUGCAGAUGCUGAUGUUAAACGUCAAGGCGGAGAUGCAGAUCCUCUAUGACGGCGAUGGGGGACUUGUCCGAUGGCUAGACCGCAGGAUGACAUACUUGCCGUGAAGAAGAUGUGACGAUUUGCCUUGGAAUGGUGGUACAAAGGAAGACACAAAAGUAUAGGCACCCGCG